AUGCCACCACUUUCACGGGGUGCCUUGAUAGUCAUCGAAGGACUUGAUCGCGCUGGGAAGUCUACCCAACAUGCCCGACUUUGCCAGAAUCUCGAGAGCCAAGGUCGCCGAGUCAAGUCCUUGAGGUUUCCUGACAGAACCACUCCAAUCGGAAAGUCGAUAGAUGCCUACCUCAGGGGCGAAAGCCAACAGGAAGACCACGUGAUACAUCUACUGUUUUCCGCCAACAGAUGGGAAGCGGCAGGCCAGAUACGCAGCGCCAUUGAAGAGGGGUUUACUGUGGUCAUAGAUCGAUAUCAUUACUCCGGUAUAGUUUACUCCGCUGCCAAAGACAAAGUAGAUCUAUCUUUAAAAUGGGCAAGAGAUCCGGAGAUCGGCUUGCCCCGACCAGACGUGUGCGUGUUCCUGGACAUUGCGCCAGAAGUUGCCGCGAAGAGAGGAAAUUUCGGGCGCGAGAAGUAUGAAACGAGCGCCAUGCAAAAGAGGGUAAGAGAGCUGUUUUAUGAGCUCAUGGGUACCAGUGAUGGUCUGGAUAUACGGGUAGUUGAUGCAGGGAGAAGCGUUGAAGAGGUUGAGCAAGACAUCAUAGAGAGAGUGAAUGAUGUGAUGGAACAACCUAAAAUGGCAAAGCCGCUAACAGCAAUUCUGCCUUGGGAAGAGAUGGCACAUAUACAGGGCUGA